AUGACUUCCAUCUUGACUUACACUUUUAAAAACCUUCCCAGUUCAACAUGGGCCCUCAGGUUUUCUCUACGACCUUUGAGCUGCUCCUCCCAGCUACGAGCUGCCCCAGCUGUUCAGACUAGUACGAAGAAAACCUUGGCAAAACCCAACGUGAGAAAUAUCGUGGUGGUGGAGGGUGUUCGCAUUCCAUUUUUGCUGUCAGGCACUUCAUAUAAAGACCUGAUGCCACAUGAUUUGGCUAGAGCAGCACUUUCGAGUUUAUUGAUUAAGACCAAUGUCCCAAAGGAAGUUGUUGAUUAUAUCAUCUUUGGCACAGUUAUACAGGAAGUGAAAACAAGCAAUGUGGCUAGAGAGGCUGCCCUUGGAGCUGGCUUCUCUGACAAGACUCCUGCUCACACUGUCACCAUGGCUUGCAUCUCUGCCAAUCAAGCCAUGACCACAGGUGUUGGUUUGAUUGCUUCUGGCCAGUCUGACGUAAUUGUGGCAGGUGGUGUAGAGUUAAUGUCUGACGUCCCUAUUCGUCAUUCAAGGAAAAUGAGGAAAAUGAUGCUUGAUCUCAAUAAAGCCAAGACUCUGGGUCAACGAUUAUCACUAAUCUCCAAAUUCAGAUUGAAUUUCCUAACACCUGAGCUCCCUGCAGUGGCCGAGUUCUCCACCAGUGAGACCAUGGGCCACUCUGCAGACCGACUGGCUGCUUCCUUUGCUGUUUCUCGGCUGGAACAGGACGAGUAUGCACUGCGCUCGCAUAAGCUGGCCAAGAAGGCACAGGAUGAAGGACUCCUUUCUGAUGUUGUGCCCUUCAAAGUACCAGGAAAAGAAACAGUUACCAAAGAUAAUGGCAUCCGACCCUCCUCCCUGGAGCAGAUGGCCAAACUGAAACCUGCGUUCGUCAAGCCCUAUGGCACAGUGACCGCUGCCAACUCCUCUUUCCUGACCGAUGGUGCAUCUGCAAUGCUUAUUAUGGCAGAGGACAAAGCUCUGGCCAUGGGCUAUAAGCCAAAGGCAUAUUUGAGGGAUUUUGUGUAUGUGUCUCAAGAUCCAAAAGAUCAACUUUUACUUGGGCCAACAUAUGCUACUCCAAAAGUUCUAGAAAAGGCAGGAUUAACACUGAAGGAUAUUGAUGCUUUUGAAUUUCAUGAAGCUUUCUCAGGUCAGAUUUUGGCUAACUUUAAAGCCAUGGAUUCUGAUUGGUUUGCACAAAACUACAUGGGUAGAAAAGCCAAGGUUGGAUCACCUCCCUUGGAGAAGUUUAAUAACUGGGGUGGGUCCCUGUCCCUGGGACACCCAUUUGGAGCCACUGGCUGUCGGUUGGUCAUGGCAGCUGCCAACAGAUUACGGAAGGAAGGAGGCCAGUUUGGUUUGGUGGCUGCGUGUGCAGCUGGAGGACAGGGCCAUGCUAUGAUAGUGGAAACUUACCCAAAAUAA